AUGCCUACCAAGAGGAAAAAGAUUGCCUCUCGUCAGGCGAUUCAGACGAAACUUCCAUAUACCUUAUCCAAGAGAAAGACAGAUGAAUCUUUCCAAGUUCCUCAAACCAAGCGAGCCAAGAAUUAUAUAGAGAUCUCGGAUAGUGACGAUGACGACGAAGAUUCUCAGAUCGAUGCAGCCAACAGUAGUUUUACUACUGAUGGAAGAGACGACGACGACGGCGAUGAUUCCGAUACAGGCUCAGUUAUUAUAGUUGAUUCGCGACCUCCUGCAUUGACAGCGGAAGUCGUUGCUCGAAGUGUCAAGCUGGAUGAGUUGAUUAAGAAAGUUCCAACUGAGGUCCACCAGGCUAUCGCUAUGUUUCUACCCUCCGAUGCAGAUAUCACUCGAUAUUCACGAGUCUGUAAGAAGACUUACAGUGCCAUCUCUGACAGUGUCUGGCGUUAUCGAUUCCUAGAGAAAUUUGAUGCUGUACCAAAUUUGUCUUUACCGCUUUUGACACAAAAGUACAAGUUCAGAUCCGCCACCACAAGACUUUACACCAAGUUCGACUUGAAUGAGUACAGGUACCUGGGCAAUUCAGUUAUCAAACAGAUAGAACAAGCGCAAGAAAAAGUCCUCGAUAUGCUUCAGAAUCUUAUCAUCGAAUCCGAUGCUUGCAGAGGCUAUGAUGGUAAUGGCGACAAAGUGAUUGUGGGUCGCAAUCUCGACUACAUUCGAAAUUACGUUUCCUUCGUAUCUGGCAUACCUCAUACUGGAGACAUAAUUGAUAUCAUUGAUUCAAUUGCGAAGACCAAGAACAACUGGGGUUUAAAAGCCAUUUGCUCUGUCGAUGGCAAUGCUGAUGCUAAUACCCGGGUGUUAUUGAUUCAAUUAUGCUUGACGUCAAUAUCUUGGGAUCCAAGAUACUGCACAAACACAAUAUCUCAUUUCGACUUAUCUCAAGCGGAGGUUUAUGCUGCACCAACAAGGCAACCCCUAUUCCUUGGGAGAUGGAAAGGCGAUCUCAACGUCCGUUGGUGCUUGCAUGUAGCGAACUUCUUCAAGUUCCACCUCAAGGCUGGAAAAGGUGAAGGGCUUCUUGCUCAUGCCUAUGCCGAUCUGCACCAAAGCCAAUUGCCACAGCCAUGGUUGGGUCGAUUGAAAUCAGGUACUCAAGAGCUGGGAAAUCGUUGGAAAGGAGCCUAUUUUUAUAUGGACGGCGAUGAAUUGGCAAGAAUAAGACAGGCUGAAGAAGACACAGAUGACGGCCCCUACUCGGACGAACUAGAUGGUGGGGAAUCUUUUCAGGAUAUCUCGUUAUUGUUUGACAACCAAAAGUUCAGCGAGCGAAAUUGGCCCAGAUCGUGGGAAAAUAUUCUUCAAAGUGACCCAUUUUCUAAUGCCGUUCCUGAGCCCACUCAUCGCCAUGGGUCGAGACGCAGCACUCGAUCGAGCCGAUCAGGAAAGGACCACAAAAAGCCCAAAGUGAACCCCAACCCUGGUGUAAAAUACUUUUAUGGUUCUUCGCGUGACUCUGUCUCGACUGCCCAUCUAUAUGGAGCUGUACAUGCAAUUCCUCUACAGCAUGGGAUCCCUGGCUUCCAGAGAAUCAUCAUCAUGAAGUUUUUCCCUGAUAAGAAUGGAGACUACGAUCGAGGUCAGACUUGGGGCUACGAAGGUUGUGUUUUGCCUGGCGGUCGCAUCAUUAUUGGUCGAUGGUUUGAUGCAUUAGCUAUUGCUCAUAGGGACGUUAUGUCAGGGCCAUUCAUUUUCUGGAAUGUGGAUGAAAGUGAUGCGCACGAGCCUAUUGAUGGCAAAGAAGCGCUGGAAUUCUUCCGUCUCAUGAAGUUUAAUGGUCAUUGUUAG